AUGGAAAUUGGUAGGAACUAUGUUAAUUUCAUCUCUGUUCUUGUAUCACUUCUAUUAUGGGGUUGUUGGGGGAGCAAUCUUGAAGAUUUUCUUCACUGUAUUUCUUCCAAUUCCUCAAAUUCAACCCUCCUUUACACUCAAUCUUCAUCCUCCUACUCCUCUGUUCUAAAUUUCACCAUUCGAAACCUCAGAUUCUCAGGGCCCAAUGUCCCUAAGCCAAUCGCCAUAAUCAAACCAUCGCAACCUUCCCAAGUCCAAGCAGCCGUCAUAUGCUGCAACAAUCACGACCUCCGCAUCCGAGUCCGCAGCGGCGGCCAUGACUUCGAGGGUCUUUCUUACGUUGCCAAUGUCACAUUCGUGGUGAUUGAUUUGGUCAAUCUUAAUUCAGUGACGGUGGACAUUGAAAACAACACUGCGUGGGUUCAAUCUGGGGCGACCCAAGGUGAGGUGUAUUACAAACUUGGCCUAAAAAGCUCUGCUUUUGGUUUCCCCGGCGGAGUGCAGCCGACUGUGGGUAUUGGUGGGUUCCUCAGCGGCGGUGGGUAUGGGAUGAUGGUUAGAAAAUAUGGGCUUGGUGCGGACAAUGUGGUGGAUGCUCUACUUGUGGACGCUAAUGGGAGGCUUCUUGAUAGAGAUUCUAUGGGAGAGGAUUUGUUUUGGGCCAUUAGAGGCGGCGGCGGAGGCAGCUUUGGGAUUGUUUUGGCAUGGAAGUUGAAGUUGGUUCCGGUGCCUCCUACUGUUACGUCCUUCGCCGCUUAUAGAAGUUUGGACCAAAACGCUACCGACUUGGUUCAUCGGUGGCAGUUCGUUGCUCCCGUGAUUGAUGAAAGAUUGUUCAUUGGCGUCAUAGUCUCAGGUUUGAUUCUAAUACUUUUCUUUUUUAGAGGAGGGGGACGAAGAACAAAGGGAGCAUUUUUCUACUCCCUGUUUCUAGGAAAGGCAGAGGAGCUUAUACCCAUCAUGGAGAAGAGCUUCCCAGAGCUGGGACUGAAAAAAGCAGACUGUUUGGAAACCAAUUGGGUUGAAUCAACGGCAUAUCCAGCAAGUGGGUUUGUGACAGCAAACGAUUUGAAUGUCUUACUAGACAGAGACCCACUCAGCAGCGGCCGAUUCAAAACGAAAUCAGACUACAUCACAGAGCCCAUCUCAGAAGCCGCCCUCGACGGCAUAUGGGAAAGGUUGGACGCCGAUGGCAUAGAGACAGUGCAGCUGGUGCUGAUCCCCUACGGAGGGAAAAUGAAUGAGAUAGCUGAAACAGAGCUCCCUUCGCCGCAUCGAGAUGGGUAUCCCAUCAAAAUUGGUUACUAUGUUACAUGGGAAUCCCCUGAAGCUGACAUGAGGCACUUGGAAUGGAGCCGAGAGGUGUAUGAGUACAUGGCUCCUUUCGUGUCCAAAUCGCCCAGAGCUGCGUAUGUCAAUUACAGAGACCUUGACAUUGGGACAAACAACGAGGACGGGACCCCGACCAGCUUCGAGGAAGCAAGUGUUUGGGGAUUGAAGUAUUUUGGGGUUAAUUUUGAGAGGUUGGUGCGAGUGAAAACAAUGGUGGAUCCCUGUAACUUAUUCCGGCAUCAACAGAGCAUACCGCCCAUGGCUCAACCAAAGAUCAAUGGUUAAUGGCAAUUAUCUCUAAAUUGAAAGUAAACCACAGUCCUGACUCGAACCCCUGCCUACUUCUAGACCAACUUUAAGAAAAUAAUAC